CAUUCGUGCCGCCAGCGAGCCAGGCCAGGCCGGAGGAUGACGUCAUGGCUCUUGUGCGGAAGCAAGCAGCAUAUCGCGCCGCCAGGCCAGCGAGCAGCAGGCAAGCAGCAGCGCUAGUUGCAGGCCAGCGCACCGGAGAGGUCCGAGCCAAGCGUAGACGGGGGGUAUUUCCCCUUGGCAUGCUCCCCCGUAGCACUGUCGAAAUUUCGUCGCUGCUUGCGGUUUCGUUACGCCGAUGCCGUGCCGCCACCGUGGACCAUUUGUGAGCGGCAGGGCGUGACGAGAGCGUCGGUUGAAGGAGCGUGUGUGUUGUGUGGUGGUGGCGUGCCGCUGUGGUGCGAUCUGUCGGGAACCUCCGCGCAAGCACGGACGACUUCGCCGAGACCUGACCCCUUCGUCUUCGGCAUCGCUUCACCCGCUUCUUAGAGACUGUUGUGUGACGUUUGCUCUCUUCGAAUCGUCGUGGUGUUGUGCGGUGCGUCCACGGCUGGGGCUACGUACUGCGAGCAUCUAGCGGGCCGCGUGUUUUAUAUUUUUUGUUUUCGAGGCUCCUCUGACCGGUGUAAAGGAGGGGGGUGAUAUCCCCUCCUUAUUGUGCGUCCUUGCCUUCUCCUUCGAUCCCCGUCUCGUCGGUGGUGUUUCUUCCCAACGGUGGCACGAUGACGAAAUGACAAGACGAGACGGAUACUGAAGCAAGUUGCCGGUGCCGCGGUACCCUGGCACGUCAAGCCGCGCCGGUUUGAGCGGAGGGGCCCGUCCAAGCGGCGGCUCUUCACUAGUGGAAAGAUGGGUGCCUUCCUGGACAAGCCCAAGGUGGAGAAGCACACUGAGGGUGGACAGGGCAAUGGGCUGCGCUACGCACUGGCCAGCAUGCAGGGCUGGCGCGUCGAGAUGGAGGACGCCCAUUGCGCCAUGGUAGGGCUGCCCUGCGGCCUCGACCGAUGGAGCUUUUUCGCCGUCUUCGACGGGCACGCGGGCGCUCGCGUCUCGGCCCACUGCGCCCAAAACCUGCUGGACGCCAUCAUCCAGACGGACGAGUUUGCCCAGACGGUGGCCGCCGCCACCGACGUCGGCGAGGUCAAGCUUGCGGAGCGAGUGGCCACGGGCAUCCGCCGUGGCUUUCUCUGUCUCGACGACCAGAUGCGUGCCCUGCCCGAGGUGGCCUCGGGAGAGGACAAGAGCGGCUCGACUGCCGUCUGCGCCCUUGUAUCGCCCAGCCACGUCUACUUUGCCAACUGUGGUGACUCGCGUGCUCUGCUGUGUCGCAAUGGCCAGCCAGCCUUUACGACGCGCGACCACAAGCCCAUCAACCCUGGUGAAAAGGAGCGCAUCCAGCGGGCUGGCGGGUCGGUUAUGAUCCAGCGGGUCAACGGCUCGCUGGCGGUCUCGCGAGCCUUGGGAGACUUUGAGUACAAACAGGUGGCCGGAAGGGGCCCGUGCGAACAGUUGGUGUCUCCCGAGCCCGAAGUAACGGUGCAGGCGCGGGACCCAUCGUCGGAUGAGUUCCUGGUGCUUGCGUGUGAUGGCAUCUGGGACGUGAUGAGCAACGAGGAGCUCUGCCAGUUUGUUCAUCAUCAGCUCUGCAUCUCGCACAACCUCGAAGAGCUCUGCGCUGCCGUCAUCGACAUUUGCCUCUACCGGGGAAGCAAGGACAACAUGAGCAUUGUCCUUGUGCUGUUCCCCGGUGCACCAUCGGUGAGCGAUGAAGCGCUGCAGCACGAUCGUGAGCUCAAUCAGCUCAUUGAGAAAAGGAUCACAGAAAUAAUUUCGGAGUGCUCCGACGCGGAGCUGAACAACAUUAUCCAGACGUUGGCGGAGGAGGAACUACCUGGCCUUCCGCCCGGUGGAGGAAUUCUCGCCAAGAGGAGUUUCAUCGAGGAAGUGUACAGCAAGUUAAAACCCCCGUCCACGUCACCAGAGUCGGUAAAGAGCCACUCGCACGAUUGUGAACAAGCAGAGGAAGCGGCGAGCCACUGAGUGGGAACGGAUGCUUUCAGUCGUUGGUGACACGAAACGGAGCACCGCUAUGAAGCGUCCUCCUUCACAUCCACUUUUGUUUUUCGUUUCCCCAUGAAACCGCGACCAGGGAUCGCAAAGACUGCCUAGCAGCAAUGGUAGCCGUACCCAAAAAACCACCAGCGAAAAUGGCAAAAUGGCUGCCAGCAACAAAUCGAAGGAAAUCGGGAACAGUGCCGGUAUAUUCGAUUGGCCGCAGACUCGUUGAUUACCUGUCUACAGGCUGCGAUGGCAUUCAGCUCUCGCGGAGUCGUUGCGGAAAAGGUAACGCCACCCAACUGACUGACUGGCCGGUGACGACUCGCGUAGUGUGUGCGUGUGUGUGGCAGAUGUUGAAGCAUCGGCUUCGCCCCCCUGCCUUUUUCUUCCUUACUUUUGUGUAGUCUACUGUAUUUAGGUUGUUCUUUUCCUGCUCUCCUCGAUUUCCUUCUGGAGCGAAGAAACUUUAGUUCGUUUUUUCCGGGAAAUACAAACAUGCAGACUGCACAUUCACUCAUUCAUUCUCACACUCACUCAAUCACCCCCCUUCACAAGCGACUUGUAGACUAAUACAGGCGCGCACACGAGAGAACAGAGGAAAAAAAAACAUUAUUUAAAUAUUGAAGAGCCAAGUUGGUUCGUCUUAGCGCUACACAUCUCUAUCUUACUCCUUUUUUUUUUUUCUUUUGAUUUCUCUUCUAGCAUUACGACGUUGUCUGUUGCCCGCUCACGCAUCUCCCAACCCACUGGCUUCUCGUUUGCCCCUUAGCGUAUGCCAUUGUAACUUUCACAUCAUCUCCCCCCCCCCCCCCCCCAGUGUUGUACAAUGACUGUUGUUAACAAUUGCCAUUACAGUGAAUAUAAUUAUUGUCAUCGUCGUCGGAAUCGUGAACGAGGGCCGUGGUGACUCAUUUUUCCCCUACUUUCCUCAAACACUCCCUUAAUAAACGUGCAGCAGAGACACUGAAGAAUAAUGACGACGUGCGUGAUUCUGUGUGUGUGUUUGUUGUGUACCAGAGUGCACUUGCUGCGCGCAAUUGGUAAUCGAAGAGCAAACCAAACAUAGGGGCCGAAACCUGUCUUUACCAUUUCAGUGUGUGCGCGUUUUUUUUUUCUUUUCAUAGCUUUCUUUGAGCAGUGAUUUUACGCCUUCCCCACCUUUUUCCUUCGUGUCAAUAUUGCCCUCUUCUUCUCCCGCCUCCUCAUUCUCUUUUUUUUUCCAUCUUAAGGAUUUCGAUGCUGUUAGGUUUUUCUCAGCGUUGACGGGUAUUUCGCCACGGCUCGGCAGGAGACAAGCACAUGGACAAUAAUAAAAGAAUAAAAAACUCGAAA